AUCAUUAAAUAAUACUUUUGAUGUGAUAAUUGUUCAUCGUGUUCUUGCUGAAUUAGCUUCCGAAGAAUCACGUACUGAAUUGCUAGUAGAUUUAUGGAGGCGAACUAACAAGUAUUUGGUACUGAUCGACGGAAGUUGUAAAGGUGGCUACAAUGCUUUGAUGGAAGCCAGAGAUUAUAUUCUCAUGGGUGGCUGUGAACUGCAUCGAGAACAAACUCGGCAAGUCCUAAUGGAAGCAAAAAUAUUGAAUGAAGAAGCAGAAUGUAUUUUGACUGAUCAGCAGUUAUCGAAUUAUAUGCGUUAUAAUCUGAUUAAAAAUAUGCUCCCACCAAACACAGUUUUGCCAACCAGAUUAGAGCCUGGAUAUGUGUUUGCUCCAUGUCCACAUGAUCAAGGAUGCCCGAAAAAUGUGAAAAAAGCAAAAGACGUAUGCAGUUUCACAACUCAAUGGAAUGUAUUACGAGCUGAUGGGCGGAAACAGAUUUUUAAUACUGAGACGGGAUCAUUCACUUAUGUUAUUAUGGCUAAAGGAGCAAGACCUCAUAAGAUACCUGAAAGCAGACUUUUGACGCUAAAGCAUGGUGGAGGACAUGUAAGCUGCACGGUUUGCACACCAUUUUGUGGAAUACAGCACUUCACAGUAUCAAGAAGUAUGGGCAAAAUUUAUAGAUUGGUCAAAAAUGUUAAGACGGGUCGAGUAUUGCCAGUUGAGGUGAGAACUGUAGGAUCUGAUUCGGAGUUCGAUGUGUAUGAAGAAGCAGUAGAGGGAUUUACAGAAGAAAAGCGUGCCAAGAAUAUGAUGGAAAAAAAACCCUUUUGCAGCUAG